AUGACUAAGGUUCUUCCACAUGAUGCAUUCAACAUGUGCAAGGCAAGAGCAGGUCUCAUGACACUUCAUGAAGCAGUGCAGCAGUUUGAGGAGAAUGAGGAGAAGCAACAUGGGCAGCAGCAUGGAGUGUAUGCCAAGGAGAUCACACCUGCUCUGCUCUUAUUCCUCUUCCUUCCCCCCACCCCAAUUUCUGGCCAGUUCUCCUACCUAGCCGUCGCUCUUGCUCCUAUCCCGCCGUAUCCUCUCCCCCACUACCCACCUUCACCUCUCCUAUUCACCUCACAGUCACUCAGCCCCACCCCGCGAUCUCCUCUUCCUUACCUCCCCUCCGUCGCCUCUCCCUCCUCCCCGCCGUCGCCUCUCCCUCCUCCCCGCCGUCACCUCUCCCCCCUCCCCGUCGUCGCCUCUCCCUCCUCCCCGCCGUCGCCUCUCCCUCCUCCCCGCCGUCGCCUCUCCCUCCUCCCCGCCGUCGCCUCUCCCUCCUCCCCGCCGUCGCCUCUCCCUCCUCCCCGCCGUCGCCUCUCCCCCCUCCCCGCCGUCGCCUCUCCCCCCUCCCCGCCGUCGCCUCUCCCUCCUCCCCGCCGUCGCCUCUCCCUCCUCCCCGCCGUCGCCUCUCCCUCCUCCCCGCCGUCGCCUCUCCCUCCUCCCCGCCGUCGCCUCUCCCUCCUCCCCGCCGUCGCCUCUCCCUCCUCCCCGCCGUCGCCUCUCCCUCCUCCCCGCCGUCGCCUCUCCCUCCUCCCCGCCGUCGCCGCUCCUUCCUCCCCGCCGUCGCCGCUCCUUCCUCCCCGCCGUCGCCGCUCCUUCCUCCCCGCCGUCGCCUCUCCCUCCUCCCCGCCGUCCCCUCUCCCUCCACGCGGUUGCCUCUCCCUCCUUCCCGCUGUCGCCGCUCCCCCCUGA